AUGGCAGCAAUGGUUACCCAAACGGUCGCUAUAGUCGACAAGUCGAAUAAAGUCGUCGGCACGACCAAGCAGCUCAAGAAUGUCUUCAAGGAAGCCAAAUUGGCCUACAUGGAGCGUAAAGCAGAAAUCGUGGCCGAGCGGAAGGCCAAAGAAGAUCGUGAAUUGCAGAAAGCCCGCAAGCAUGUCGAGGCGAUGACUAUUGCUGACGAGGACGAGCGGCGAUCUAUUGCUUCCUCUGCGCCGCGGCAUAGAUCUCGACGGCAUGCGCAUUAUGAGUCGGACGAGGAAGAGGAGGAGCAGCAGCGGGAGCGGCGGCGGCCCUCCAUGAAGAAUCACCACAGACAGCACUCCUCGAUGUCGGUACGUAGUGGUCAGACAGCGAGCAGCCGCUCUUCAUUCGACUCUGCUCGGCCUCACAGGACUCGAACUCGUUCAAUCCCGCAUUCGCCGCGCUCUCCACUGGGCCAGUUCAACGACGACCUCGCAGCCACUCGCUCUGCACCAGGCUCACCUACUGGCCACGCCCUCACCCGCCGCAAGACCGACGGGCUCGCCCUCCAGCAAUCGAACCGCCGACCAUCCGCUCCCCGCUCCUUCUCCGAUGCCAACAUUGACAUGGAUCUAGCAUACGGCGACUUCCACCCCUCUUCCAUCGCACCCAAGGACCUAGCCCUGUCGAGAACAACCGAGCAGAAACUCCAAGAGCAAGAAAUGAAGACCCUCGUGCAACGAGCCAAGGGUCUCAUGGACGAGGCCAAUUGCGCGCAGCACUCGGUCAAAGCGAUUAUUGCGCACCUGCAGAAGAAUCCCGAUGCCAUGGCAGCUGUCGCUCUGACACUCGCCGAGAUUUCCAACAUCGCGACCAAGAUGGCGCCUGGCGCCCUAGCUGCCAUGAAGGGCUCUGCACCCGCUGUCUUCGCGCUCUUGGCUUCACCGCAGUUCUUGAUUGCAGUCGGCGUCGGUGUUGGGGUCACAGUCGUUGCAAUAGGUGGAUAUAAGAUCAUCAAGAAGAUCCAGGCCGCCAAAGCGGACAAGGAAGGCUCGAUGGACGAGAUGCUCGAGGUCAAAGAGCUGGACCGGAUCGAGCACUGGCGACGAGGCAUUGCCGAUGUGGGCGACGAAGCAUACGAAGCGAGCAUAGUCAGCGGAGCCACGAGUGUUGAGGGCGAGUUCAUCACCCCCAUGGCGGCGCGGAGUAUGGGACACCUGGUGCCGGAGGAGACAAAAAAGGAGAAGAAGGAGCGGAAGAAGAAGGCGAAGGAUGAUGAGAAGCGGGAGAAGAAGGACAAGAAAAGCAAUUCGAGAAGUGAAGUGCGGAGUGAGGUGUCCAGUAAGGGGAGCGAGAAGAGAAGGAAGAGCAGGGUUGAGGAUGUCAAGGGCAAGGAGAUCGUGGUGAAGAAGCCGAGUCCGCUGCGGAGGAUGUUCACACCGAAGGAAGCCAGCAGCAGGGGAAGCACGGCGUCUGGGAUACCUGGGAUAUAG